AAAUAAUUUGCAUCAAUAGUUGUGAACUGAUGAUUGCUCCUGAAAUUUUAUCCGAUAAGCCAGAAGACCAAUAUUAGAGACUAGAGAAAGCUAUGAUUGAAUUGUUCAAAUAUGAUAAUUUACUUAACAAUGAAUACCUGGUUAGAAAAUUCGAGACUGAUAUUUUAAAACCCGAUUGGUAUUUGCUAUAAUAUGUUGUUGUGUAAAGAGAGAAUUCAAUUAAAAGUCAAUAUGUAUAAAAUGAAUUGAAUACUCGCAAGAAAUAUCAUUUAAUUUUAACAGAUAUUUUAAAUAAAUAUAACAAAUAAUUAUGGAAUUUUGAUCAUCAAAUGUUAAUCAUUCGUCCUUACUUUCCAACAGAGAGAAAGAGAAUAUAAAUAAAAAUACCAGUUUUGAAUGUAGCUCUCAUUAAAGAAACACUGUAAAAAUCUGGCUUCACAAAAGAGGAAUUAAUUUAUGAAGAAGACAUUUAUUAAGCUGAUAAAACAUAUGUAAAAUUAAUAGUAACAUCUUAAACUGAAAAUUAUGCAAUAGGCAUUUUUGAUUUUUUGAUGUCAAAAAAGGCAGAACUUCAAAUUGAUUCAGUUAUUAUGUAAAAUGUUGAUUACUUGGAUGAAUUUCAUAAAUAAAUUAAUGCUAAAAAAUGCUCAAUGAUGACCAAGAAGAUCGAACAAUAAGACAAUGAUUAAUAGGGAUAUAAGAGAAAUGAUUAAUAUGAAGAAUAAGAUAAAGAAUUCGAUAGGUCUUAUCAAAAAUCUAGAGCAAGAGGCAAUAGACAAAGAGGAGGAGGAAAUUAUGGAUAUUAUAGAAAUGAUAAAGAUGAUGACAGACAUGAAGAGAAAUAUCACAAUAGGGAGAAGGGAGAUAGGAAUGAAAGAGGAAAUGAUAGAAAUGAUAGAAAUGACAGAGGUGGAAAAGAUAAAGAUAGAAGAGGAGGUUAAAGAGAUAGAGGAAAUAAUUAAUAUGUGUAAAAAAAUGAUGUUCACCAUUAAUAAUAAUAGUAAUAACCAUAAUAAUAAUAUUAAUUAAUACCUAAGGCAGUAUUAUAGAAGACACCAAAAUAAAAUAUAAAACCAAAUGCUUUGAAUGCAAAUGAUUUCCCUGCUCUAGAUUCUGAAUAAAAGAGCUGAGUUAUAUGAGUAAUAACUCUAUAAAAUUAUUUUAUUAUUCAACGUAAUUU